CGGACUCAACGGACAACAUCUCUCCCUUUCAUCUGCCAUUUUCCAGCGUUGCCGCGGCCGGCCUGAAGAAAACGGGUCGUGAGUUGUAUGCGGGAGGAAUGCCUAAAUCCGCGAGCCAUACUCUGCCCAGGACGCUUCAAGAAGUCCUUCCCCUAUCACCACCGAACGAAGGCCCCGGGCCUCGGGUGAUCAAGGCCUGUGUGCCAUGCGCGCGAUUGAAGGUGAAAUGCGAGAACGAGCCUGGUGCAAACGUCUGCAAACGAUGCCGGCGGCUCGGCAAAUUAUGCACCGUGCAGCAGCCUGGUUCUCAAACCCACAAGAAACUCAAGAAGUCGAGUACUGUGGCAAGGCUUGAAGAGAAACUUGAUGGCGUUGCGGCCAUUCUCGCCGCGUCUGAGCGGGACAGGGAGCGAAUGCGAGGAGGAGAUCAGCCAGAAACAUCCGAUUUCCCUCCACACCCUGCCCUACUUUCUCCAACUACCUGUCUUGAACAGCACAUCAAAGACGAAACCGAGGCGCAGCUCAUUCUAGAUGCCUUCCGAAAUGACAUGGCGCCCUUCUUUCCUUUCGUUGUGAUCCCACCAGCGAUGACGGUCGACCAAUUGAAACGGAAGAACCCAUUCCUCUUGCUAAGUGCAAUGAUGGUAGGCUGCCGGCACGACAAAGUACGACAAAUGGCCAUGGCCAAAGCCUUCAGAGAACUGGUCAGCCACAGGAUCCUGGUCAAGGGAGAGCAAAGUCUUGAUCUUUUGCAAAGCCUGCUGGUGUACAUCGCAUGGUACCAUUUGCACAUCCCGCUCGGUCCACAGCUUACCAAUCUUGUCCAUCUUGCCAUGGCAAUGGUGUCUGAUCUGGGUUUGCACCGGCCAGCACAAAUGAAACUCUGGUCAAGGCCUCCAGGGACGGCUGCCAUGGGUUAUUUCGUCAGAGAUGGCCAGGUCCCUGCUGCAAGGACUUUAGCUGAGCGAAGGGCAUUCUUGGGUUGUUUCUGCAUCACGUUCAUUGUAUCCAUGUUUGCGCGUGAUAUCGAGCACUUGCGCUACAGCCAAUACGCCGAGGAGUGCUGUCGAGUAAUAUCCGAUACCAUGGAGUAUUCCAGUGAUACCUAUCUUGUGAAACUGACAGAGCUGUGCCACUUCGGUGAUCGAAUCAGUCGCACUCUCAAAUUCGAUGAUUGGGAAUGGUCUUCUGGCAUCGCUGCCCCCCUCGGAGCCUGCGUGAGAUCUCUUGAGGCCGAAUUACACCAGCUCAAGGCAUCCUUCACAUUGGGCCCUUCACAGAGUGCCGAGAUACGUGGCCAACGAGUUUUUGACCAUGCUGGGUUGUUAGCCAUGCACUACUACUCCAUCGAAAUAUAUUUGUACGAGAUCGCCCUCGGUGACAACGUCGACCCCGCAAGGUACGGCAAUUUUCCCAUGACCCGUCUUAACCUGUUGUUUGCAUGCUUGAACUCGACAAAGUCAUGCAUGGAGACAUUCUUCUCACUCCCGACUUUGGUUUACUUCGACAUGCCCUUCUUGUUUUGGGCACUGGUCGGACACGCGAUAGUCGUCACCUCAAAGCUAAAUCUCUUUGUCGGUGACGGCUGGGAUCAGGUGUAUGUACGCAGUGUGCUGGACUUCCCCACAACUGUCGACACUAUCGCUGCCAAUAUGGACGCGGCCAAGGCUGCUGCCGAACUGUCCGUCCAUGUGUCCGGUUGUACUCCCAGCGCGCUGCCUCGAACUGUGCCCGAGUUCUUCGCCGGCACUGCUCCCAAGCUGCAAUUCAUCAAGGAAGUGCACGAGACCAGGCGCUCUGGUUUGGCCAGAUCUGACCAGGCUCAAAAUGUGUCAAAUUUUGACGAGCCUUCGCCUCAGUAUCUGCCAGAGAACGAGCCCAACGGACAUUGCUUGACGACUUGGUUCGACUUCCUGGACGAAGAUUUUUGGCGAGCGUUCACCUGAAGCAACACGUACACGGUGAAAACUGCAAUAGAGAAGGGACGGACCGCUUUCCAAUGCAGAGCCAAGUCAGUGAUAUUCCACCUGAGCUCAGUCAGCAUACCUUCUUAUACAGGACUGAACAGCGCCGAUACCCCCGAACAACCAUCUAAGUGGCCUAUGCUGUCUCCAAGGGGCUUUUGAUGUCGUUGUGCACUCCACUGCUAAGCACGGCGGUUCCGCUCGCCCCUUCGUCCUUAAACCCCUCGGCCCGCAAAGCUGCUUCCUGCUCUUCGGUAAGUUCACUCAGAUCAAGCGUGAUCUGCGGCCCGCGGAACCACUUUCGCGCGUCGACGAAAUAGUACAGCAGGGCACCUCCCCAAACAGCGGAAUUGAUGACGCAGGUAUAAUUCAUGCUUUCGGCAUCAGGAUUUGGUCCGCCGACAGGGAACAUGGACAGGAGGAUUCCGAAAAUAAGAAACGUAAUCGCGGCCCACGCGAUCGGGAUCGACGCUCUUCCGGUGUAUAUUGGGCCCGGACUGAACUUCCUCUGUCCCCAAAGUACACGGCAGAGGAUUGGAGUACCCCAAGCCAGAUUGUUGCCAGCCACAGCCAAUGAAAACAGGGCCGACGCCGCAGCGGGAGCAAUCAAGCACAGCAAGCCCAGGACUGCCGCUAGCACCGCGCAUCCAACAGUGGUUCGCACAGGAAUGAAACCGAAUCGCCGGGAGAUGGGUCUGAAGAAUCGGGAGAAUGGUAGGGCACCAUCGCGCGAGAAAGCCCACGAUUGACGUGAGGCGGCCACCAGGAUGGAGAUCCCCAUCUGCGCAUGUGAUUGUUAGUCGUUCAGCUGACAAUUGCUGCGCGAGGCAACUAAUCGGCUCAUGUAGGCACUUACCAAGAACUGAACAAUCAUGAGAAGAGACAUGAAUCCAAGCGCGCCGUUUUUGCCGAGGGCGUCAUAGUAUAUUUGCGCCAUUGGUUGGCCAUAUGGCGAGCCAAGAAUGUGUUCCAAGUCUUGGGACAUACAUGCAGCGAUGACUAUGCAGCAAAUCCAGCCAAAGAGCCAGCACGACCCGAUAGAGAAAAGUAUGCCGAAAGGACGGCUUUGGUCGCAUUGGCAGCCUCUUCCGAUAUGUGUACGGCGGAGUCAAAUCCGCCAAUGGUCCAUAUGGGUGACAGCCAAGACAACAUGAACGCCCACCCUGUUGGCCAUGUGGUAAGGUUCUCGACAUGGGUAAAGAUAUAUGAUGCGCUGUUGCGGGCGUUGGCUCCUAUUGGCAGUGCAAUUAUGGUUGCGAGAAUGAGGACAAAAUUCAUCACCACAAAAACCGUUUGGAGUUUACCCAUAACCCGAGCCAUGGUGGAAGCGAUCAGGCCGUGGGUGGCUACGGUAGCCAGAAAGGUGGCAUAGAUGACACCGUUGCUGGGACUCCAGUUGCCGUCCCGCGAGAUCACUAUAACGGACAAAAACAUCAGGGAGAACCCGUCUGGAGCUGGUAUCAGUCCCUAUGCCCAUAUAUGUGGAUUGGCUGGGUCAUACAGUCAAUGGAACAGAGGCCUCCCACCAGCCCAAGUGUAUUGCUAUAUCCAACCAAGAAGCUCAGAGGAUUCCUCCAUUUUGGCGAAG